AUGACGACUACAUCCUUCUCCUCUGCAGGUCUGCCGCCAGCGUUCCGUGUGGAAGGCUCCGCCCCCCAGAGCGAGCCGCCUCCCUGCGUGCUGGAGAAGCUGUGUGAGCUUCAUGACGGGCUGGUGGUGGAGGCCAAGGGCAUCAAACAGCACUACUUCAAGCCGUACAUCCAGAAGCUGUUUGAGAAACAGAUCCUGAAAGGAAACGAGACGCUUUUGACCGAAAUGCUGGAUCCUCACCAUUUUAUCGAUAACAAUAAAGCCAUAAACAGGGAGUAUGAGGAGUACGUGUUGACGGUGGGGGACUUCGACGAACGAGUGUUUCUGGGGGCCGAUGCUGAUGAGGAAAUCGGAACCCCGAGGAAGUUUGUUGAGGAACGGGCUGCCAGCCAAGCAGCCGCAGCAGCAGCAGCUCAGAGCCAGCUCCAACAGCAGGUGGAGAAGGUACCGACCCACACAGACCGUCUGAGGCCGCUUCCUCAGAAACGUUUCAUCAUUAUUGGCUAGAUUUCAUCAGCACAGGAAGAGAGGGUUCUAGUUAUAUGAUGCCACUUUUCUUUCUAGUUUUAUAUUCAUCUCAGGUUAGAGAGGUGUCCAAAAUGUCACCCAGGGUCCCAUUUGUGGCCUUUGGGGUCAAUUUUCUUUAACCUCAGUCAGAGAAGGGUGCAUAUUUAGCACUCCAGUAAACUGAGCCAGUCCAGUCAUUUUUUGGACAGUUGUUGCAUGUGGAAUGGAGGACAGGCUGUGGUUGCAACCAUGCUAUUGUCAGAAGGUCCAGUAGGGGGAGCCCCACCUGAAUGAAGGCCUGAACACAGUGGUUGCGUACAACUUUUUAAUCCCCUAUCCGAUUUUUUCUCCUGCUUAUAAAGAGGCUCCGACUAGGCAGGGUGAGCAGAUUAUUUUCACUCCUGUCUCUGUGCUAUACAUACAUGAAAAAAUAUUCCCACUCUGACUUGGAUAGAUUAUGAAAAGUUAUAGAAAAUUUAAAAAACAAAAACAAGCAGUGUAUUCUAUAAUGCAAAGCUCCACUUAUCGAGUCUGUGCAGCAUCUGAAACCAGAACAAAUAGACAGUGUUCAUAUAUUAAAAACAUAAUGAGAUCUACGCCUAAAGUAAAGAAAAACGCAGCUAUAAAUGGCGUGGGACGGUUUCUAUGGUGACUGAGGCAGAGAGGUGAUUCUCAGAGAGAGAUUUGCGUAGUUUAUCUAAGUUUUUCUUUUUUCAUAAAGAGGUGAGAGAGCUUACCUGCUCUGUCUGACCCUCCUUAGUGGGGUUUUUGUGAGGCUUAAAGAAAGACUUUAUCUAUUUUCUGUCCUCCUGAUGCAGAAAGUUUUUUAUUUUAAUGUUUAAAUUCAAUUCUAUUCAGUUUAUUUCUAUGGCUCCAAUUCACAUCAUGUCAUCUCAAGGCACUUUC